UUCGGGGACAGCUCGGCGCUGCUGAAGCACGAGUUGGCCUUCUGCCUGGGGCAGAUGCAGGAUGAGGCUGCCAUCCCCGUGCUCGUCCGUGUGCUGGAGGACACCGAGCAGGAGCCCAUGGUCAGGCACGAGGCAGGUGAAGCCCUGGGUGCCAUUGGGAACCCCAAUGUGUUGGAUAUCCUCAGACGCUAUUCCAAGGACCCCGUGGUCGAGGUGGCAGAGACAUGUCAGCUGGCUGUGAGGAGGUUGGAGUGGCUGCAGGAGAACAAGGAGAAGGCAGGCAGCAGCCCCUACCUCUCCGUGGAUCCUGCUCCCCCUGCUGAGGAGACAGACGUCGCCAAGCUCCGGGAGAUCCUCCUGGAUGAGUCCCGGGAGCUGUUCGAGCGCUACCAGGCCAUGUUUGCCCUCAGGAACGUGGGGGGUGAAGCUGCUGUGCUGGCAUUGGCGGAUG